CACACAAAAAUUUCAGUGAAGAAAGCGACCACACACAAAAGUUUCCGCAGAAAGAAAAAUCCAAUUUCCACCGUAAAAUCGGGCCCCGUCGCCGCCCAGAACCGUGCACGAUGGAGGCUUCCGGCGACAUGCUGACGAUCAACAACUUUUUCGAGAACGACAUGAUGGAUGGAAGCAGCGGCUUAGAGUUUCCCGAUUUAGACUUUGUGUACGCGGACGCCGACUCGCACGCCAACGAGAUCGCGGAACUGUACAGCUACACCGAGCAGGCAGAGUUUCAGCACAAUGUUAAGGCCUUCGAGGACCAGAUGGAGUACUACAAGCUGCCGCCGAGCUGGCAGAAGCUCACCGACCGCGAGCAGCGCGGCAUCAUCCUCAAGCUGCUCGACCAGCUGGACAUGUCCAAGAAGAGCCUGCGCAUGAAGGCGGCGCGCUGCAUCCUGUACCUGGCGCAGGGCUGCUGGGCCGAGAUCCAGUGCGACCAGGAGCAGCAGGUGAUUGCGCGGCGCAACGUGAUGCUGCUGUACGAGGCGGGCGUGUUUGGCGCGUUCGUCGAGCUGUUGAACCUGGAGAUUGACAACUCAUCCACGGCGAGCAUUGCGAUUCGCAAGGUGGCGGUUUCGCUGGCCGAUUCCGUCGAUUUGCGCGUCAUCCUGUCGGUGCUGUACAUCAUUACCGAGGUGAUGCGCACCGAGAAGGAGGCGGGCAGCGAAGAGUACGCCCAGCUGGUGGUCAACUUUACCAAUGAGAUUACGAAUCCCAUCGGCGACGAGCUGCUCUCGGUGAAGCUGCUCGGCAUGAUUACGAAAUUUUGCAGCGGCCUUGCGCCGCACUUUCCCAUGAAGAAGGUUCUGCUUCUUCUGUGGAAGGUGUCCCUUGUAUCGCUGGGUGGCAUGGAAACGCUCAAGGAGCUUAAAGAUAAAUACCGCGCCUCGGCCGGUCUGCCCCAGAACAAGGAGGACACGCUCGAAAUUUCCAAAAUCAUGCGGGCCAGCUCGCCCCCGAUCACCGCACCCUCAAACGAGGACAAUCAGAACCCGAAGCGGAGCAAGCCUUUCCGAAGAGUAUGUACGAACACUACUAGUCAGUUGCAAGAGGGUCUCAUCAAGCAAAGCUCGCUCGACGAGCAGGAACAGAUCGGGCUGGAGAUGGAAACGCCCUCGACGGAGAACGAGGAAGAGCUGUCCGAGUACUUUCGCCAGUACGAGGAUCCGUCGGGGCUGAACGGGUCCAACGUGCCGGCCGAUGCCCCCGCAGAAGCGGAGACGACGCCUCCGGCGGAGGUCCAGGAGCCGGAACCGGAACAGCUGACCAACAAGCUGCCCUGGGCGCCGAAGAUUCGCCGCAAGGACAUUGACAUCUUUCUGAAUACGUCCCGGAGCAAGUUCAUCGGGUACAUCCUGAAGGACGAUCAGCAAACGUUGGCCGGACUGCCGCAGCCCAUCCAGGAGGGCUUCCACACGCUGAAGAAGCACAUGUACGUGAGUCUGGCCGAUGUGCAGAUCAAGAAGGAGGAGGAAAUUACGCGCAAUCCGAUCUCGACGUCGGAGGGCGAGAUUGCGCAGACGCCGACGGAGAUUCUGUACCAGGCGAUUCUGCCCAAUCUGCCGCAGUACAUGAUUUCGCUGUUGAAGAUUCUGCUGGCGGCGGCGCCCACGUCCAAGGCCAAGACGGAGAGCAUCAACAUUAUGGCCGAUGUGCUGCCGGAGGAUAUGCCAAUGACCGUCACGCAGUCCACCAAGCUCGGAAUCGACGUGAGUCGCCACAAGGAAAUCACGGUCAAGGCCGUCUCGGCGAUCCUUCUGCUCUACCUGAAGCAUUUCAAGAUCAACCACAUUUACCAGUUUGAGUUCAUGUCGCAGCAUUUGGUCUUUGCAAACUGCAUCCCGCUCGUCCUAAAAUUCUUCAACCAGAACAUUAUGAGCUACGUCGGCUCGAAGAACGUCAUCCCCAUCAUGGACUUCCCCUCCUGCGUAAUCGGCGAACAGCCCGAACUCACGUCCGAGUCGCUCAUCAUCGGCGAUUCCGCGCCGUACUCGUGGCGGAACGUGUUCUCCUGCAUCAACCUGUUGCGCAUCCUCAACAAGCUGACCAAGUGGAAGCACUCGCGCAUCAUGAUGCUGGUCGUGUUCAAAUCAUCGCCGAUUCUCAAGCGCACCCUCAAAGUCCGUCACGCCCUCAUGCAGCUGUACGUGCUCAAGCUGCUCAAAAUGCAGACCAAAUAUCUCGGCCGGCAGUGGCGCAAGUCCAACAUGAAAACCAUCAGCGCCAUCUACGCCAAGGUCCGCCACCGACUCAACGACGACUGGGCCUUCGGCAACGACCUGGACGCGCGUCCGUGGGACUUCCAAGCGGAAGAGUGCGCCCUGCGCAACUGCGUCGAUCGGUUCAACAACCGCCGUUAUCUGCAAAUCAACGCCCCAGACCUAAUCGCCAGCGAGUUUGACGAGCCGCUCGAACCGGACACGGUCAACGGUGGAGGUGGGGGCGUUGGCGGCGGUCCCGGUGGAAACGGAGGCGGUCAACCCAACUCGGCCAACGGCGGAGGAGGUGGCGUCAACGGCGGUUCGAAUGGGGCACGCAAACCGGACGAGAUUGAGCUGAGCGAGGAGUUUAAGCAAAACUACGAGCUAUGGCUGCAGCAGGAAGUGUACAACAACAACGUCGACUGGGACUCGCUGCUGUCGGCGAGUGAGGACUUUUGUUGAAUCUUCCUUUUUUGUGUGUGUGGACAAACAGCAACGUAGAGCAGCAAUUUGAACAACAACAAAAAAGUGACAAUUGAAAAAAGCUAAACUGUUACGCAUAAUAUAUGAGAUCAAAUAGAUUUGUUAUGUAACGCCAG